CAAUAACUGCCAUUCAAAGUGGUACCAUAGCAACUAGCUUUUCGGGUGACUAGAAUAGGUGUUGUGCUCUGCAAGUGACGUCAAUUAAGUGUUCGCUGUGACGAUCAUUCUUCUCUCCGUACUCACCAGCUCUGGAUGAAAAGUGAUAUCUCUCAUUUCUACUGAAUUACUUUGAUCUGUUGCUUGUCGCAGUGCCAAACGAAUCAUGUAUUCGCUGAAAUGUUUUGUUGUUUUGGCCAUCACUUAUGUCAUCACAGUGUUAGGAUCUCACAUCUGCCCGUCUGAACCCGCUGUCAAAUGUUCUUGCCCACCUCAGUGGCAAUUGUGGCAGAACGGGUGUUAUCGCCUCACUCCUUCACUAUUCUCUUGGGAUGCAGCCAAGGAAGCUUGCAAAGACAUGGGAGGCAAGAUGGCUGCUCCUUGCUCCCUCAAGGAAAUGAACUUAAUGACAGAAAUGGCACAAAAAGAGAGCAGGGAAUACAGAGUCUGGAUUGCCUGCAAUGACAAAAGAGUUGAAGGAACUUGGGAGUGUGACGGUCAGGAAGGAGGCGAGCCCUUCUUGGUAUGGGAUAAUGGGCAACCUGAUGAUGAUGGAGGAGGCAAUCAAGAUUGCGCUCAAAUAGCCGCACGACAUCAUGACAGGAUGGAUGAUGAUUUCUGUGAUCGCUCUCACUGGGUUAUUUGUGUUCGCAAGGCUCAAUACACUCAUCUCCCAACCCAACCCCGUCAAUACUGCCUCUCUACCGACACCCACGGCCGCAUUCUAAACUCAACCUGCCUCCUCGACCACAACAUCCGGGAGUUUAUCACCGAGGGCGUGGCCGCCUGUGGCUCGGCCUGCGCCAAGGAGCCCGAAUGCCGCUCCUUCAACAUCAAGAAAAACGAAGAAGGGAAGAAAAUAUGCCAGCUGAACAACAGCACAAGCUCUGAAGAUAAAGACAACUUUCAGAAGACGGACUAUUUCUGUAUGUACUCAGAGGUGUGUUUUGGAUAACUACGUUCACAGUGGAUAUAUAAAUUAAGAUUUUAAAAAAUAGUGUACAAACUCAUCCUUUAAGUAAAGGACACCUUCGUUUGGAUUCAAAUACUCGGGAGUGGACCAAAACUGCUAACUGUCGGCAGUCAUCAUGUUAAUACCGUAGCUGUUUAAUCUGCUAUUUUGUGUGCUUAACAAGAAUGCGUCAACUUUCAACAUAAAAUGUAAAUAACUAAUCAUAUUAUAUUAGUAAAGGAUUUGAAGCUAAAGAAAUAUACGUUAACAUUGCAUUUUUUUAAGGUUGAGCAAGUAGAUUGAGUUUCCGUGUUUUCUAUAGCAUUUUCUUCUAGCAAUUACUAAUAAUUGUCAUAGUAAUACACCUCAAUGCUGUUACCAUCGUUACAGCACUUGCAUGUAAAUUCACAUUUAUUAUGUACAUUUUUGAAACAGGUUUGCUGGAAAUGAAAAAGGUUUUUUUCUUAGGAAUUAUCAACGAAACUAAUUUCUAGCCCAAAAAUCUAAAUUCACGAAAUUAAGUCAAAUGUUCACACAAGGUGGGUACAUAGAGGCCAGACAUGAACCUCCGAGAGAUUUCAGCUCACUACAGUCAGGAUCCAGGGAGAAAACAAACAUUUCAGGUUUUUUUACC